AUGAUGAACCUAAAUCCAAGUCAAAAUCUUAUUCUUGAUCUGGAUUCAUCACGAUACAAUGAUCCCCUAAAGCUGAUGAUUGAAUGUCUAUGGUUUUCCCCAAUUGCUCAAGCUUUGACAAUGGCAUAUACGAUUCCACUAGUUUAUCUCUCUAAGGUGUACUCGUGUGCAACAUAUACUCAAGCUGAUGGCAUCAUAACCUUUGAGGUUACCACUAACAAAACGUUGAUCAACAAAGCUCGUUUUUGCAGAAUGUUAUGGCUUGAUUCAUCUGAAGACCUAGUUGAUCCAGAUUGA